CCCUGAGCCGCGGCAGUGGCAGCGGCUGCUGCGGCCGCCUGGGGAGCCCAGCCGAGUGCCGCCUGGGGCUGCGGGGAGUGCGGGGAGACGGAGAAACCGGUAGACCCGGGCGGCGGGGCCGAGCAGCGGAUUGGCCAACGGUUCCUUUCAACCCUGCCUCGUUGGUGGCCACUGGAGAAGCGCGGGGGGCUCCCCAGACAGCCGUGGGGACAAGUUAGAGCCAGCACUUUACCCCGGGCCUCGCGUGUAGCUUUCCCUCCCCUGUUCUAGGUGCCCCAGUGUCCAGAGGGGGGUGCGGGUGUGCCCUCCUUACAUGUUCCACCGCCCGGGCAACCCUUCGGUCUCGUGUUCCAUCUCGCUCUUGCUUCCUGUACCGUAGUCAAGUGGAGCCACUUUGCAUCAUGUCCCGGUAUAGCUACCAAAGUCUCCUGGACUGGCUCUAUGGGGGUGUCGACCCCAGUUUUGCAGGCAAUGGGGGCCCCGACUGUGCUGCCUUCCUGUCUUGGCAGCAGCGGCUGCUGGAAAGUGUGGUGGUCCUGACCCUGGCCCUGUUGGAGAUCCUGGUGGCCCUUCGGCACAUCCUGAGGCAGACGGAGGACGGUAGGGGUGGCCGUGGCAGCCAGCCACAGCAGGUGACCCAGCGGCCUGAUGAAGGCAAGGAGAGCCUGAGCAAGAAUCUGCUCUUAGUAGCCCUGUGCCUGAUCUUCGGGGUGGAGGUGGGCUUUAAGUUCGCCACCAAGACCGUCAUCUACCUGCUCAACCCUUGUCACCUGGUCACCAUGAUGCAUAUCUUCCUCCUGGCCUGCCCUCCAUGUCCGGGAGCUAUCGUCGUCUUCAAGUUACAGAUGCACAUGCUGAAUGGAGCUCUUCUGGCGUUGCUGUUUCCUGUGGUAAAUACGCGGCUGCUCCCCUUUGAACUGGAGAUUUACUACAUUCAGCAUGUUAUGCUCUAUGUGGUCCCCAUCUACCUGCUUUGGAAAGGAGGUGCUUACACCCCAGAGCCCCUCAGCAGUUUCCGGUGGGCUCUUCUCUCCACGGGCCUCAUGUUCUUUUACCACUUCAGCAUCCUGCAGAUCCUCGGCCUGGUCACCGAAGUGAAUUUGAACAACAUGCUGUGUCCGGCCAUCUCAGACCCAUUCUACGGCCCCUGGUAUCGCAUCUGGGCCUCGGGACACCAGACUCUCAUGACCAUGACCCACGGGAAGCUGGUCAUCCUGUUCUCAUACAUGGCUGGGCCCUUGUGUAAAUAUCUGCUGGAUUUGCUCCGGCUUCCAGCCAAGAAAAUAGACUGAAGGUGCUUGGGGUUUUGUUUUGUUUUAUUUUGUUUGUUUUUUGUUUUUGUUUUGUUUUUUUGUUUUGUUUUGUUUCUCCCUGAGGAAUCAAGUCCUGACUUGACUCAGAGAACAUCCAGUUCUUGACAGACUCAUUGGCGAGGGCAAUAGGAUACUUGGUGAAUUUCUUUUUUUCUCCUCUCUGUCCCUUUCUUCCACGACUCUUCCCUCCUCAGCUCCUCCCCAUGAAUGGCUCUUUGUGCCUGGGAUAGUGCUGGGGGCUGGAACUUACUUCCUUUCAUCCCCUGGCCUCUGGGUCCCUACUGUGUGCCCCGUCCCUGUGCUUGACCUUACCAAGGGAAAUGGUAGUCAGUGCCCUUCACACUGUUUGUCGGUGCUUUUUAACAACAGCUAGUUAAAGAAGCAGGGAGCAGCAAGCGAUAGUUCCCCCAGCACCCCAGCAAUGAAACAGUGUUCGGUUCACUUCUCCACUGCCAGGGACCUCCAGGCUCAUGCUGGGGUCCCCUUUUACCUCCAGCAUAGCCCCCACCAAAACGGGACCAAGGCCUUGUUUCUAUACCAGCUGCAAGCCCAGAGCCGAGGGACUUCCCAAAUCACAGCCAGAAUAGAUUCUUCCAGUGACGGGUGUCCCGUGAUGUAAAGCAGGGAGCCGCCCAGCCACUCCUUCUAGGGUGCUGCCUGGCGUGGAAGGUGACAGCAGUGUGCAGGCCGAGGGCAAGAUUCCAUAGUGGGCGGCCAGAGGUCUGUCGCCACAGCGAGUCUGAAGUCAAGAGGGUGAAGGUGUGCACAGUACCAGGCAGGACACCCCCGGGCUCCCGUCCCCCCAAAAAACCUUCCCUAUGAAAUCUGAGAGCAGAUCCACACUCCAAUCCAAAGUGAGCAUAGAAAUUAAGAAGCCAACUAAGUCGAGUGGCAACUUGAGAAAGCUGUGAUCUGAAGCCUAGUCUAUGUCAUGUGGAUAAUUAGGCAACACUCUAGUCUCAGCUGCCCCCAACCAUCCUCAUUGUCUCUGUACAUGUCUCUCUGUUUCUCUUUGUCUGCGGCCGCUUCAUGGAAGAGGGAGCUGGAGGCGGGGCUUGGGUGUGUUUGGCUGUUUCGUAUUUUGGAUGUUUGAAAUGGGGGAACCCUUGCAUUUCGGGAAGGUACUCUAGAGCCAUUCCUGGCACCUCGAGGACAUGUCCACAGCUCCCAAGGCAGUUUCUUUAUGGCUUGAUUUCUUUCGUGUAGCUAGACUCUGCUUAAGUGUUCAGUGUGGGGAAACAUCCUUGGAUCAGGUCCCCAUAGGUAGCAGUUCAAGUGUUCUGAAGGAAGGAACUUCGGUUGAAAGAAAGGUACUUAGUCAUGUAUGGACCACAAAGGACACCAGUGUCUGGACAUUGCUGACUCCUUGUCAGCUUCUAAGUAGGAGGAGAUUUGCCUAAGAAUAGAGAAAGAAGUUUGUGCCAUAACCACCCCAUGUCCCUGUUCUGGUUGCAGUAUUCAACGUGAGUUUGUGGGUGUUAGGCCUAACCUGAGCUUCAGUGACUCGGUGGCCAUGAAACUGACUUGCCAGGGAAGCAGCGGCAGGAGAGUCUCCCUGAGCAAAUGAAACUAAGGGAAGCAUCUCUAGGAGGGGUUGCUUGAACAUGAGUUGCUUGGCUCUGAGGUACGGAGAACUGGAAAAGAAGAACUCCUAGUGUGCUUGUUCCCCUUGGGCUCCUGCCAUGCCUCUUCCUCCUAUUGCCCUCUUGCUGUUUUCCCCACCCCCUCAGAGAAGUCUUGGGUGAUUAAAAUGUGUGAGAGCCUCCCUGGCCCUGGGCCUCUCUAUAGAAGAGCAUCAAAGAGGUCAUGAAUGAAGCUCGAUUAAUAAAAACUCAGAGACAGAAAUUGGGGUUCAGCCUGAGGAUCAGAAAAGCAAAGCAGCCAACCACUGGCUCUUACCUCAGUCCAGGUUCUCAGAAUGAGACUGUGUCUGAGAGAUGCUUCCUCCUGUCUUGUAUUCCUCUCUAGUACUGGGAUUAAAGGUGUGGGUUACCACUGCCUGGUCUGUAAGACUGAGCAGUGGGGCUCUUUUACUCUCUGAUCUUCAGGGAAGCUUUAUUUAUUAAGAUACAAAUGAAUUGUCGCUACACAUGAGUCCUACCAUGGCCCUUGACACAACUUAUAGCUGCUUCCUGCGGUGAUGUAGGGCCUCAGCUGAGGGAGCCAACUCCAGAAUGCCACAGAGGUGGGAGUGUCGUACACGCUUCUUCCCCGUCUGAGGCACCGUGGCCCAGAUUGCCAGGCAUCUUGGGCUUUCCCUGCAUUGGCACGCCUCCAGUAGCUUGCCUCUGCUUUGGCAGCAACUCAACAAACCCAUUUCUGGUAGGCAUUUUCUGGCGCUCAGAGGGAGAGAAGAAACUCAAAGGCAUGCUGCCUGGCUCAGCCAGGCCAGAGUCAGACACACCUGUCAAGAAGGAGGAAGUAAAGCGGAGAUGCAGAGCCCUAGGUUGGCUCAUAGGUAAAGAAAUUAAAAUAAACAGUUUGUGGCUCUUUCAACAGAUUCCACAGGGAGUAUUGGGUUAGGUUUGAAAUGUUGGGGUACAGGGGACCCUCUUCAUUGCUUGUCACUCUUACUUUGGUCCAGACCCACAUGAAAAGAGGUACCCUACCGAGGUAACCUACUCUAUGUUGUGGAAGUUGCCCCCAGGUAUGUCCAACAGCCUUCCUGACAGUAGAGACUGUUACCAGAGACAAAGCAGAAGACAGUUGGGACUGACUCUACAGCUCCUCCUCAGGCCUUUCUUGUUUCUGUGAAGGCUGUUCCCUAGUUACCAUGGCCAGAGUUCUGUAUAUCGCCUUCCAUACAGUAGCUCCGUGCCUGUGUGAGAGUUCUCAUAGAGGGGGGCCGUUUCUUUGAGAUUGUCCCAGCAAGAGGGCCUAGUGCAUCCUCAGGCCCUCAGCAUCCAUGGUCAAGGGGCUGUGCCACCAAGAACAAUAGGCUAAGCCAGAAAAUUUGUGGCAGCCACUCUGAGUAACAGAGGUUGUUUUUCCCACUUAAAGCUUCUUCCCGCCCCCAGUAUUUGGUUUUGUAUAUCUAAGACUUGGCCCAACAUCCUCCCAGAAGCCUAGCAGCAAGCACUUCUGUCCUCCUGUGGGGAUUGGGAGCCACCACCUCCACCUCUCCAAGUCUGUCUUCUGUCUUCCUGUGGACUUCUUUGUACCUGUGGACUUCCAGGGUCUAAGUGGGCUACGUAGGGUCUGUUGUGCACUUUAUUCUGUGGUUCUUCUGAGUACCUGUCAGACCAUCGCUUUUGCUGUAGCCUCUGCUGGGGCUUUGCUGUAUGUGAUCAUGGAAGAGUCAGUGUUUUGUGACGUAAUUCCAAGCUUAUCCCAGAUAACUCGGUGUUAGCAGGGCUCUAUGCUGAAGAACUGGGGUUAGGGAAUGCUUUGAGUUGUAUUGAGCCUGGUGUUUGGGAGAUGACAAAGGCCCUUUUUAACCCUCCUUCUGCCAAAUAGACUUUCCUGGAAUUCUGUCUUGGCAGAGAAGUUUCUGAAUGGUUUCUACUGUAAGGGAGGCUUGCGGGGAGGAAAAGGGGGUCUUCCGACACUGUAGGACAUGACCCUGCUGCUGGUUUUAGUAAGCCAGGCAACUUGGGAAGGUCCGGGACUGGGAAGCCAUGUCCUGUGUCUCCCCGCCCCCUCCCUGGCCUUGCCCUCUCUGAGUCCACAAGAAGAGCCAGUCUUCCGCUGGUAUAUACAACUGCAGGAAGACCACAAGGUACUUGAUGUUGCCCUCGUCUUGAGACACUUAUAUAUACUGAUUUGCUACUUGUGGCAUUGAACAGACCCCCCACCCCCACUCAAUGAUAAACAGAUCAGAAACAAAAGUCAUUUUAAGCAGAAAUGAUGUUUUGGAAACUCUUGAUUUAUUUUGGUGUCAAUGUUAUAUUUGAUUUUAAAGUAUUUUUGGUUUAUUUGAUGCAAUUGUAGUGAAGAGAACAGGAAUGAAUGGUGUCCAAUUAUUUCUUCUGGGACACUGGUGAGCGCCUCUUCCUCCAUCCUUCUUCUCCAGCUGGGACUGCCGUGGACUGUCACCCUCAUGUGCCAGGCUCCCUUGAGAGCCAGUCUCUGAACUCCCUAGAUGGCAUCGAGCCUCUUCAUGAGGCUGCUUCUAGGGCGCUCUUUACUCCCCCAUCUCCAGUCUACCUCCCCUCUUUGGGUGUUUUUGUAAUGUGUUUUCUCUGUUUUGUACAACCCCUUUGAUUGUACUUAAGUGGUUUCUGCAGCCACCUUUGGAAAGAAAUGGUCCUUAAUUUGUGUACUUAGCGUUUUUUGAAUCUUAGCCUCAGGUGUUCCUGCUGUUGAAGAUCCCUGAAUGAAAAGGAACCCUCCCCAUGGGACUUAUUGUUACAAUGUUUUCUUCAUUUGCUGUUAUUAAAAGAUUUAUGAGAA